AUGCAUCGUCGACCGGAUUCACCAUUACUGGUCAAGUGUAGUCUUCAGGAUGGUCACAGCAAAAAAAUCCGCUUCAAGUCGGCAAAGAAUUGCACCUAUGAAACGCUCAAGAGAAGGGUGGAACAAUGUUUCGCUCUACAAUCUAACUACGCGAUACAAUACACUGACGAUAAUGGGGAGACUACAGAGAUAGAUGGAGAGGAGGAGCUCACGGAGGCCAUCCAUUAUUUUCAAUUUGGAACAGACGAUACCCAGUCAAUGUCUUCCGCUGCAUCUUUUCUGUCCGGGCGAAGCCUCGGAAAGGGGAUUAUUUUGCGCGUGAUAGUCACCGUAGAUGGUCUUAGCUUGUCAGACUCGGGCUCGCUUGCCAGCCUCGAGGAGUAUCAGGGCCGGAAUAGAAGCGAAACUUCAUUCUCACUGGGUGCACCCUCAGUUGAUCUCGAUGAUGAUUCGGUGACCGUCAGCUCCCGGGAUACAGGAAGCCCUUCGCAUGGCGAGCAGGUCUCCUCAGGUACCUUGGCACCACCGGUAUAUAGACGUGAUCAAACUUCCAAUCUUACAACGGGGCCUCGCGGAGGUUCAUCCUCAUCGUGGACAUCUCUUCCACACCAUGAUCCAGCGUCGGCUACUCAAGCAAACACAUCCAUUGCUUCCUCCCUUCAGCUCAAGGACCCCUCCUUGGAUGGUCACCGUUUAUCCGCAUCCGUGAGUUAUCCUGAAGACCCGUCAGCCGUUCUCGAACGACUGAAGCUUCUGGAGGUUCGGGACUCGAGCACAAACCAAGGUCCUCUCAUCAGCGAUGAUCGUGGUGCUGCUUGGCUCAGAGAUCAGAACGAGCGUGCGAUCCGCACGAGAUUGGGAACACUUCCCGAACCAUCUGAAUCCGAUGGCGAAUCUCGAGUGCCAGAAGAGGAUCACGAUCAGCUGGGAGAUCUUGCUCUCGAGCAAGAUGACCGAGGGAGGUAUUACUACUCGUACAACUCCACUGGAUCACAAAAUCUCGAAUCUGGACUGGACGAAGGUGGCUAUGACCCGAGCAUUGCCGAGGAUGUAGGUGCUAAACCUCGGCCAACGUCGAGGCAGCUCAAUUGGUUGGCUUCACAGCGCACUGCGAGUGAACCGUUACCAGAACGACCUCCAGAACGACCUCCAGUACAACCAUUUCACUCGGAUCCGUCUAUGGAGACCAUCAUCCCGGAUGAACUCCUUCAGUACGUCGAGAUCCGACCUCCUCCACCUGACAGUAUAACGGAUUGCUCUCAAUGUGGUGCCUUAUUGGAGAACAUGAAAUAUGUGUGUACCACUUGUGGUGAGAAGGAACCAAGCUCUCGUAGUAAAGGAAAAGCUCGAGGUCCCUCACUCGAUAUGUCCUUCGCAUAUCCUCCUCAACCACGCGAUUCCUUGCAUUCUUUAUUAUCACCAUCAUUCUCUAGUUCGUCUAAAACAUACGUUGAUAGCGACUCAAUAUAUUCCGAGGAUCGAAAAGGGUCGCACAAACAGUACAAACCACUACCUGCACUACCGCAAAAUAUCUCACAGCAACCCCCACCGCUCAAAAGUGCGGAAUCGAAUCAUUGUGGUUAUGAGCUUUGCGCUUCAUGCAUCGAAUAUGCUGGGGUAGAGCAUGCUAUCGAAGCAGGACUUGCUCCGGACUCUUCGCCAACCGUGUCUGGCUGGUCGCCAACUUCCCCUGAGGAUGAGCAACGAGCUUUACAAUGGAGAAGAGCUGCCCCCACCCAAAAAGGACAAUUGCGUCACGCAUAUCUGGAACAGUAUUGGGGUCACCACGGCUGGAUGAACAUAGAGCACGAGCAAUCUAACUUCAUUAAUUGCUCCGCAUGUGGCUCACCUUCACCUCUUCAAAAAUCCUACAAGUGCGCUUCAUGCGUCAAGUUUCUUCUCUGCAGAGCUUGCUAUAGCCAGGUUCACGACCUCCACCCUUCGCAUGCUUUCCUUGUUAUGCCUGAGAAGCCUCUGAGUGCCUAUAGUGAGCCUGACAUCUAUCACAAUCCGGAUCCCGGAGAGGAGGAAUCUAUGGUACAUCCUGGUGUCAAGUGCUAUCACUGCAUGCAGGAUAUCGUCGGAGCCAGAUUUCAUUGUGCUAUUUGCGAUUCCGUGGAUAUUUGUUCGAAUUGUGAUGCGGCCGGCCUUCCAGGAAACCUCGACUCAGACGACGGGGAUCAUAAUUCAUCCCAUAUCACGAUAAAGAUACCGUUCCCGCUCGAGAGGACAGAGGUCCAAACGCUCAGUCGGAGAGCGACUUAUAUGUGGACAAGACAUCCCGCUAACAAUGUUCGGCGAGCAGGGUCUGGCAAGGCUAAAUCUGAGAUAUCGUCUUAUGCACGAACUGUGGUCGGAAACCCUCAUGGCUCAGAGCCAGACGAUAACCACACUCUCUUCUGCAAUGGCUGUAAUAAGCUGAUACGUGGCAUUCGCUACCAAUGUGGAAGUUGUCCUUCGUCGCCGACAGCGUACAGUCUGUGUUCCGAUUGUGAAAAGAGCUCGUAUAUACUUCACGAUUCCAACCAUAUCUUUUUCAAAUUGAAACGCCCAGUCGAUCGACCCAUGGAGUUUGAACAUGCUUUGGUACCUCCACUAUAUACCGUACCUGCGGGUCCAUCAGACGGCCCCAAUCCUGAGGAUCUGGAAGACUACUUGAGAACAUUGACGCAUCAGUUCGCUCUGUGCGAUCGUCAUAUGAAGAACAUUACUGGUGUAUGGUACCGAUGUGCCUAUUGUGGUAAAGAUUUCUGCGACGAAUGCGAAGCGGUCGACACGCAUAACGACACUCAUGUCUUCCUGGUGUUCAAAUCCCAUGUUGAUUUGAAAGCUUUCAAGUCGCUAGCUGAGCUGGAUAACCCUCUUGGGAGUCCACCAGUGAUACCGUAUGCGGUAUAUCGAUCAAACAGAUGA